CGGCAGCGCGCGGAUCAGUGUCAGGCUUUGUAAGAUGCUGAAUGGGGGCGGAGGAAGAAAACUCAUUAGAGUCCUAUAAAAAAACAGAAAGUAUCUGCGAUCAUAAAGGGGCCUGCAGGAGGACAGAGAGUCACUCUGCCGGUGGAGACCUCCUCACACACUCCUUCACCACUCAGCCCGUCAGCGCGCUCGGUGCGUGGCGCACGGACAGAGCCGGGGCGCGCUGCUCUCUGAGAAAUAAACUGUAGCUUGUUCCACAGGAUCAAACCUUCUAUUUAUGGUUAUUAUUAUUAUCAUUACUUUGAAACCGCGGUGUUAAUUUAGAGGAUGCUCGACUCAGCUUGGAGUAGAUGCUGCUUUGUGCUGUUUCUCGUCGCUGCUGUGAGGACGGAGGCAUCCCAGGUGUCCGAGGCGCGUCCGAAAGCCAACUCCAUCAAGCCCUCUUCCCUGGAGGAGACGCCGAUCCAGGCAGCGAACCGGUCGGCCCCGGUCACUAGGAAGCAGCGGCUCCCCCCGCAGCAGGUGUAUCCCUGCAGCAAUGACAAGGAGUGCAGCGUUGGCAGCUACUGCCACAGCCCGCAGCAGGCCUCGUCGCGCUGCCUGUCCUGCCGCCGCAGGAAGAAGCGCUGCCACCGGGACGCCAUGUGCUGCCCUGGGAACCGCUGCAGUAACUAUAUUUGCAUCUCCAUCUCUGAGAGCGUGCUGUCGCCUCACAUCUCUGCAAUAGAUAACCCCAACGUGUUGUCCACCAAAGACCACAGCUGGAGGAAGAAAGGGAGGGGCCAGCCUAAGCAUGUGCUAAAGGGUCACGAGGGCGACCCCUGCCUGCGCUCGUCCGACUGCUCGGACGGCUACUGCUGCGCCCGCCACUUCUGGACCAAAAUCUGCAAGCCGGUGCUGCGGCAGGGAGAGGUGUGCACCAAGCAGAGGAAGAAAGGCUCCCACGGCCUGGAGAUCUUCCAGCGCUGCGACUGCGCCAAGGGCCUCUCCUGCAAGGUGUGGAAAGAUGCCACCUCCUCGUCCAAGUCCAGGCUGCACAUGUGCCAGAAGAUCUGAAGCGGAGGCAGCUGCUGUGGGCGCGGAGGCCUCGGUCUCCGUCUGCCACGGAAAGCUUUAAGGGAGAGAAUGGCUUGUGGCUGCACUGAGAGGGAGCAAAAGACAGAGACUAACAAGAGACAGAACAGACUGCUGCUGCGUGGGUUUCAAACCCUGCAAGCGGACAGCGAAUGGAAACGCUCUGAUGUGUUCGCCGUGAGCCGCAGCCACCGCUCUCACGCUCAGGCACGCAUCUUUCAGACACACAGGGAUGGAAGAGCUUUUCUCCCUGCUUCAAAAUAAAACACAACAUGUUCAGAGAGCCACAGAGAGAGCCGACGGAUGCUGUGAUGGAUGUGGACUUUGUCAAGGUGGAGACAACUGAUGUAGCAAACUUAUUUUUUUUUAAGCUAAAAUACAUUAAAACAAAUAUUCAUUACAAGAAUUUCAAAUCAAUAUUUUAAAGUC